AUGUCUUCAGGGGACGCUCAAGGCUCGCCAGCUGAAGCUGUGCCGACUCAAUUUACAGACGAUGCUCGGUUCAAGCAGCUUUCCAUCAACAGCCUCGAUGGUGACCAUGCUGAACUGUUCACGCGUGCCAUCACGAGAGUCUUGUCCACUGAGAUUUCAGAGACCACAUAUGCUCAAAUAAUCGACGGGCUGCCCCUAUCCGAUGUCGUCAAGGAUACUGAGAGUGGUGGUCCUCCAGAUGGCCAUCCUAUCAACAACUCCCACCGAGAGCUGUGCCCAGGGGUGCUUGAAAAGACCAGAGAAUUCCGCAAGGAGUUUGAUCCUCAGAUUCUGGAGUUCGACUCCAGGCUUCUCCUUGCAUACCAGGCCGCUGCCCCGGGGUCAAGAGCGUUUAGGGUGGCCCUCAUCGAGAUGAUAGCCAUUGCAAUCCACCAGAUUGCUGUCAUUAUCUUUCAGCUUGACACCAGUCUUCACAAGGAUGACGGCGUCACCGACUGGCAGGCUCCCAAGUCUGAUGAGUUUUACUGGGAGCUUUGGCCAAACGGGCCGCUCCCUACCCUAUUCCAGCACCCGUGGUACGUUGACUACGAACAGUAUCCAAAUGGUGCAGCAGACAUGGUUGGCUACUGGGCUGAGUCACGCAUCCUAGGCGGUGUUGUCCUGUUUGACCGACGCAGGCCAGACUUUGAUCCAAAUGCCGUCUACUUCAUCUCUGAUCGAUAUAAUGUGACCUACAGAAUCUAUGAGCUCUUGCCGGAGCAGAAGCAGCUUCUUAUCGAUUUUCUGACUGCCGAUACCCCACCGCCCGAGAGCCCUCUCCCAAUACUGGGAGAUGACAAGAAUCGAAACCGUGUGGAUCCGGAGGAGCCCAUCGAGGAGACCGGCAUCUACAGGGAUAUUUGGGAACGAAGAACGCGCCCGGUGACGCUGGGUGACUCGAGAAUGAGGGAUGUUUGGGACAAGCUAGACUUUCCUACCUUGGCAGAUAAGAGGGCUGCGGAUGAACGCGCCAGGGAGCGGAGAAUAUUGCAAAAGUACGGCAAUGAUGCCCGAAAAUCGAGUUAG